CACAUUCCCGAAGUCGACGUGGUCCUCCGAUGGAGCCACUGAGCAACUCAGGCCCAGCGGGCCCAGAGGAAAGACGUUCUAGCCAGCCAUCUACCCGAUGGUAGGGCAAGCAGCAUCCUGGCCUCUGGGCGCGGCCAUGUUGGAGACUCAGGAUAAGAGCCAUGGCGGCGAGGACGCUUUCCGCGGGCAGAGCCCAUCCAGCUCCGACGGGCAGAUGCUGGAAGUGCGACCGGGGUUGUUCCUGGGUGGAGCCGCGGCCAUCGCAGAGCCCAACCACCUGAAAGAGGCAGGCAUUACGGCUGUGCUGACGGUGGACUCGGAGGAGCCCGACUUUAAGGCAGGGGCUGGGGUCGAGGGUCUACGGAGUCUCUUCGUGCCAGCGCUGGACAAACCCGAGACCGACCUGCUCAGCCAUCUGGACCGGUGCUUGGCUUUCAUCAGCCAGGCCCGCGCUGAGGGCCGAGCGGUGCUAGUGCACUGUCAUGCAGGAGUCAGUCGAAGUGUGGCUGUAAUGACUGCUUUUAUGAUGAAGACUGACCAACUUAGCUUUGAAAAAGCCUAUGAAAAUCUUCAGACUAUCAAACCAGAGGCUAAGAUGAAUGAGGGAUUUGAGUGGCAACUGAAAUUAUACCAGGCCAUGGGAUGUGAAGUAGAUACCUCUAGUACAAUUUAUAAACAAUAUCGUUUACAAAAGGUUACAGAGAAGUAUCCAGAAUUGCAGAGCUUACCUCAAGAACUCUUUGCUGUUGACCCGUCUGCCAUUUCACAGGGAUUGAAAGAUGGGGUUCUCUACAAAUGUAGAAAGUGCAGGCGAUCUUUAUUUCGAAGUUCUAGCAUUUUGGAUCAUAAUGAAGGAAGUGGUCCUAUAGCCUUUGCCCACAAGAGAAUGACACCAUCUUUCAUGCUUACCACAGGGAGUCAGACUCAGUGUACCUCCUAUUUCAUUGAACCUGUACAGUGGAUGGAAUCCACUUUGUUGGGAGUGAUGGAUGGACAGCUUCUUUGCCCCAAAUGCAGUGCCAAGUUGGGUUCUUUCAAUUGGUAUGGUGAACAGUGCUCAUGUGGUAGAUGGAUAACACCUGCUUUUCAAAUACAUAAGAAUAGAGUGGAUGAAAUGAAAACGCUGCCAGUUUUGGGACCACAAACGAGAAAGACAUGAACUUGUGCCAUUUGAUAACUUGGGAAGAAACUUGCUGAGGAUAUGUGUUACCCUUGCUUGUUGUCAUUCAUGGCAGAUUGUCUACUUUUAUAGGCCAUCAGCAUUUCAUUUGAAAUGUGAGAAAAACUCAAUAUGGGCGCAGCAGAAAUGAAUCUGACUAGGAACCAUGAGGUUAUGGGUUUGUUCCCUGGCCUGGCUCAGUGGAUUAAGGAUCUGGCGUUGCCAUGAGCUGUGGUGUAGGUUGCAGACGAGGCUUGGAUCUGGCAUUGCUGGGGCUCUGGCAUAGGCCAGCAGCUGUAGCUCUGAUUUGACCCCUAGCCUUGGAACCUCCAUAUGCCACAGGUGUGGCCCUAAAAAGCUAAAAUAAAAUAAAAACUUUUUAAUCAUGUAAAUUAUAUUUUAUUUGAUAUUAAAAUCUACAGGAACUCCCAAA